CUGAUCUGGGUCAUCAUUCAAUUGCCUCACCUAGAGAGAGAGAGGGCUGGCUGGCUCAUCAUUCAAUUCCCGGAAACACAAAUGGCGGCCCUGCAAGCGCCUCCUCCUUCCCUUGUUCACGGCAAGCGCGGUGGCGGCGGUGCCCGCAGAGCGCCGACGCGCAGCUGGUUGUCCCCGCCGUAUCUCUUGCUCUCUUCUUCUUCUCCGCACAUGACUUCAUAUGUGGCCAAGGCCCCAAAGAUCAUCUCCAUGCGCGUGGCGGCGGCUUCUAAACAAGCUUACAUCUGUCGCGAUUGCGGGUGUGCAGCUACAUUUACAAUGCCAAUGCCAAGACUCCUUUUCAGAAAUUGCCUGAUUCCUUCUUCUGCCCUGUAUGUGGUGCUCCAAAGAGAAGAUUUAGAGCAUAUGAACCGGCAGUGGCCAAAAACGCUAAUGACACCGCCGUCAGGAAGGCCAGGAAAGAACAAUUGAAAAAAGAGGGGUCUAUUAGCGGAGCAUUGCCCGUUGUGAUCGUCGUUGGAGUAGCUGCACUUGCUGGUUUAUAUUUUUACCUGAACAAUAACUUCUAGGAAUGUGGGUGAUAAAUUUAAUUUCGACAAGAACUUACUUGGACUAUAUUAAUCAUAUUUAAUUAAGGUCUCAGUCUCAAUGUGCUUUUGUAUUCAUUUUUUUUUUGCCACAAUAAUCUCAAUUAGCAAUAAACAAAUCAAAGGAUAAUGCGUCAACAAUAC